AUGAGUCUCACUACUUUCAUCCAGGGUGGCGAAUACGAAACUGCUUCAUCAGAGGUUAUGAACUCAGAUAUCCAAACUGAACUAUCUGCGACAUUGGUUGCUAAGCACCUCGUAUACCAAGCGGUACUAGGAUACGGAAAGGUUUGCGAUAAGCGGGGCAAACCUUCCUCGCCUGAACAGGCAAAACAAUUGUUGUUAGUGUUCACAAAUGCCAUUCUUGAGGACAUGGUUACCAAGGGAGUGAAGGUCGACGAUCAGGAAGCGGCGAAAAGCGAGACCGAGAAAUUGUCAGAGCAAGUACUAAAAGACUCUGGCGAGUUUCAAUAG